ACCAACUCUAGCGGCAACAUAAAGUGGAAAGAUGAUGCCUCCAAACGUUUCACUCAUUAAAUAUGAUAGUCCAAUACUUAUUACUAAAAAUCUAGAUAAAAAGUCGCCGGGAGUAAGUGUAAAUCUAACUGAAUCCUGAAUCUUCGUUAGGCUGCUGCAAUUAAAGGCACUCAACAAAUUACUGACACUUCUGGAAUCCCCUGCCCCCCACCCAAAGGCAAACCAUGCAUGAGUGAUAACAAAGCAAAUCAACAAACUGAAGAGAUACUGAACUCCAUUCUUCCUCCCAGGGAAUGGAGUGAAAACGGCCAACUAUGGAUUCAGCACGUUUCAAGUACACCAGCCACACGACUUGAUGUCGUUAAUCUUCAGGAAGAGCUUGACAGGCGACUUCAACAGCGGCAGGCUAGAGAAACCGGUAUAUGCCCGGUUCGUAGAGAGCUGUAUAAUCAAGUUUUCGAUGAGCUUAUAAGACAAGUAACCAUCAACUGUGCCGAACGUGGCUUGCUUCUUCUUCGUGUCCGUGAUGAAAUAAGAAUGACCAUAGCGGCUUAUCAAACUUUAUAUGAAUCAAGUGUAGCAUUCGGGAUGCGCAAAGCUCUCCAGUCUGAACAAGGGAAGGCAGAUAUGGAACGAACAAUAGCCGAUUUAGAACAAGAAAAAAGGGAUUUGGAGAGACAAGUUUACGAGCUUAAAACAAAAUGUGAACAAAUAGAAAAGAGAGCAGCAGAACAAAGACAGUUGGAAGAAAAAAAGCACCAAGAUGAAAUACAAUUUUUAAAGCGAAACAAUCAACAAUUGAAGGCUCAACUGGAUGGAAUUAUGAAUCCAAAGAAAUAACGAACUAAUGUCAACAAGUGUUAACUAUCGAAGUGAGAAUUCAUAUCCAACAUCUGGACAAAACUAAUUCAUCCUAUUUUGCACAUAAAUAUAUACAAAUGUAAUAAUUCACCUUAAAACAUAAACCAUAAAUAAAGAAGAUGCACAUCUUAUUUGCAAUUGGGUGAAUCACAUACAUCUCUAUAUACCAGACUAUGAACAAAAAAACAAUAGCUAAUUCUAAAAAGAGAAAAUUAAUAACUAAAAUCAAAUUUCUUCUCUGUUCAAUUUGAUUUCAUUGAGUUGUAUUUUAUAGAUUUCAAGUAUGAAAACAUUUUCAAAAGUUGACUAGUAAAAAAUAUAAAACUAUGUCA